CUUCUCCCGUCAUGUGCUGCUGUUCGACAAAGGAGCGCCGUGCGAAGCGCCGUCGUCCAUUGCUUUGUUUCCUUGCUCCUCGCUCUCACAUCGAUUGAGGCUCUGCACCUCUGGAGAGCCUCUCAUCUCGACCUUGCUUCAGCACCAACAACUCGCGACAUCGCGCCUCACCAGCUCGUUUGGACUCGCAGCCAAGAUGGCCGACAUGCAGGUAGAUGGUGAAUUGGAUCCUCUCUUACACGCGCUCGAGCUUUGGGCUGCGCAUUACUGCGAAGGAGGUGCCAAAGUACCGCGCGCGGUCGAGAAUUAUGUCGAGGCCUACAAUCGGUUCUUUGACCGCCCGCAGCACGGUAACCCAAGACAUGCGGCGACGGAGUCCAGCGUCGAAUUCAGUGAAAUGCUCAGGAGAUUCGUGAAUUACGUCGCUGAAUGGGAAUACGCCCUCACCAUGUACGAUAUGCACCGCUCGCACGUAGCCAGUGCCGUCAAACACAUGUGCUUGUUCCUCGACUUCGCUGUCGAGCGCGGUAUCCUCCCGAGAAGUUUCCACUUCGUUAAUGACGCAAGAGAGGACGUGCUUUGGGCGCAACACUAUGUUCGCACCCUUCGCGCGUUCAUUACUAUCAGAACAUGCUACCAUCGAGCGUUCGUCUACCCCGAGGUGCCCUUGAACCCGCGCAAGUGGCACAUUCGACUGCUCGUCCACGACGUGCGCUGGGAUUGUGUACUCGCGGGGCGCAUUGGAUUCAUCCACGAUCUGGGAUUCGAGGAUGAUGACGAGCAGGUGGACUACUCCGACCUGCCCGCUGAUCCUAUCAAGAUCUGCAUACCCAAGGCUGCCAGUAUCCUACUUCAACCGACGGACACCAUCUGCGGUGACCUGUACCGCAUCGACGAAGAUCACUUCAUCUUCGGGGACCUCUUAAACUGCUUCCCUCACGACAUAACUCAUAAGCCCUACGGCAUGGACGUGCAGGGAUUUCUCAACGCAGAUGUUCCCCUUUCCAAACCGCUCCGCGAUCCCCUCCGCGCGCGCUCGCUCGACCCCGCCUUUCUCGUCGACUCCGAGACUGGCAAGGCGUACGUCGUCAAGGGGAGCAUCAUCCCCGUUCUGGAGCCAGGAGACGAUACUGCUCAGGCGCCCUUCGACGUGGAGCCAGAGGCGUACGCGCACGAUGGGCUUCCCGAUGGUCUGGUCGGUGAGGCCGUCUCGCCGCCGUUCGAGGUGUAUGGGAGCGACGGGCUCCCCCUGCAUCAUAUGCGCCGCCCGCCCGAUGACCCGGAGGCGGACGAGGCGGACAAGGUGCUUGCGCACGACGAUGUGGGGUACAGGGCGCGGCGGGCGCGCCUCCUGAGUCUCCCGAGCCCCUUUGGCACGCCCGCGCGUGUUGCGUAUCCGCAGGGGAGCCAGAUUCUCCUUCCCGGGCCCGACUUGGAGCUGGCGCAACAGACGGGGCUCAUGGACACGAGUCCGGGGUUUGCGAGCGAGGGCACCAUAAGCUUUCUGCCCGCGGGUCAUGUCGCGUAUCAGAUCUUCAACAUGCCCCCGCUGGACGAGGACUGGUACAAGGACCAUGAUCGACCCUUUCCAGAUGAACCAGACGAGUACGAAGACGCAUAUGAAGAGUAGAGCGACGUCCAGUCGCUGGGCCCGACUUUGAUCGUCGACUGGUCUCUACUCUACGGUUCGAAUUGUCGGACCAGAGCGUGUGCUUUCAAGUCGAAGUCGUUCAGAGCAGGAUCGUGAUGAGUCUGGAGGUUUUCAAGGAGGUGGCUAGGGUACAGGGGAGGUGCAGCCAAUCCUUCGAGGAUAGCAGUCUGAAUUUUGUACUUGUUUUGUACCAAGAAUUACCCAAAGGAUGUUGUACUCUUUUCGACCGCUCAUCAGCAUCACAACAAUGGUCUUGUGAGAAUGAAU